AUGGAUGCGCCGGCCCCUCGAUCCUCGUCGCGUCCGCGACCUUCCUCUCGGCCUACAACCCCUCUACGCCCCAGCUCGCGCUCGUCAUUACGGGAGGCACAUGGAUAUGGGAAUAGCAUCAGCAAUGCAGGGUACACACAGCCCGCCAUCAAUACCUUGGAGCCACAAUUCGCAGAGCUCGCCGACUCCAUGGCGGACCUCGAGGCCAACUUCAUGCAUCUGCAAUUGAUGCACGAGAGCCUGACGCGGUUCAGUGAGAGCUUCGCCAGUUUUCUGUACGGGUUGAAUAUGAACGCCUUUUGUGUGGAUUUCCCCGAGGCUCCGAUCAACGACUCUUUCCGACAAGCCAAGCAGGCAGAGACAGAGAAAGAGGCGGAAUCAGAACCCAUGCGACCGGCAGAUGAGGGCGAGAUGACUUUCUUGACUACGGACACCUCCUUUGUCGAAAACCCACCGAGCACCGUCUCCUCCAAACCAACUUCCAAAUACUCUGCGCCCUCACGAGCAUCUUCACGAGGUACAGGUCGUGGCGCGGCGACCAGCCGGUACACCACCCGAGGCACUGCUCGCGGUGCUCGACCCAGCGCACUGCCUCGCGGGAGAGGAACGCGGUAA